AUGAUUUUCAACGAUGGCCUCAUGACUCUCAUGGCGGCCGGCGGGAAUUCCAAGAGCCGCUUUCCGACAGCAGAGCAGGUACAGACCCUCUUCGAAAGAUCCGUGGAGACGGAUCACAUCGACGUUUUCAUUGGGCACUCUUGGAGCGCUGGGCGCUGGCAGAAGUACUUGGCUCUCUGCCUCUAUUUCAACUUGGAGAGAGCGCUGUGGUGUUCCAUCGCAGCGUGGAGUUUAGUUGCCGGUCUUUUCUUGGGAGUGGGUGGCUUGACGAGUCUUGGUGGCAGCUACCUCGCCCUUCCAUGCCUCGUAUACUUGCCAAUGGCUGUGUUUUUUGUCACCCUGCUUUUCGGGCAGCAGCUUGUGGGCGCUGUUUGUGGGCUCGGCUCACCCUCGCUGUGGCUGGACAGGCUCUGCGUUCAUCAGACGGACGAGGAGCAGAAGGCAGAGCAAAUAGCAGCCCUUCCCAUCUUUGCCACCUCGCAUUUUGCUUUGCGUUACCACCGUGCCCAAGCGCCGCACCAUGCCACUGGUGGUGCGAUGCGCCGUGUCUUGCACGCUGCCGCUCAUGAUACUCGCACCUUGGAACGCAUGCGCAUUCCCUUCACGCCUUGCGUGUGCGGUGACCCGCUCCCCACGCGCACGCAUGUCACCUUCGACUGCCCGGCUAUGCCUUCCCCUCUGGCUCAUCGCUCCUCUGCAGAGCACCGUUUCUUGGUUCCCCUGCUUUCCGGGCUGAGUGCCCCUGAGUGGCAGCUCCCGGAUGUCCCUGAGGACUUGUUGCUUGCACUCUCGGACGCCGAGACGAUUGACUCUGCACUGCUGGUUGCCACCGAUGGCAGCGCCUUGCAUGCCCCUGAGGCUCAUGAUCUCUUGUGGUUCCAGCACGCAGGCUCCGCUGUGUACUGGGUUCCUGCACAUGGCCGCCAUCCCGAAUGGGAGUCGCCACUUGCUCCAGUGCCUACCGCAAAACUGCGCGCUCUCAAUGAGACUGCUGACAGCGCAGCUGGUCAAGCCACUGCGCCUUUUACCCAUGUUUUCGCUGCAGCCAAGAUGGCUGCGGCUCAAGCUGCCUCCUGGGCAGAAACUGCGGUGACCCGCCAAGCCUUGCUUGUUGCCACCUGGCACGAUGCUGUCGCCCAGGUCCUGAAGCCGAUCCUCGGCGGGGAGAGCGCGAACGGGGCCAUGCUCACCUUCGCGGCGCAAUUCAUCAUCGGGAUGAUCAGCGGGACGGUGCACUUGCCCGUGUGCAUACCGAGCUUCUUCUCCUUCCAGAUGAAGAUUCAGAGUCAUCAGCUCAUGUUGGACCAGAUGGCAAACUUUGACGUCCGUGCGGCUCAUUGCACAGUGCCUUCCGAUCGCGAGGCAAUCGAGCAGCAUGUGAAAGAGCUUUUUCAGCGAAAUGGUUUGAACAAUGACCUCCAGAAUGCCAGCCCUGUUGACGCAGGCGAAAUCUGCAUACAGAAGUUUAUUCCACUGACUGAAGAGUAUGGGAAUGAUAGUCUGGACCGGUUCAACGAAUAUGUCCGCGGGACCCUGCGUGAGUUCGUCAUCACACAGAUUGGCAAAGAGCUGUAUGUGCCAUGGCGAAUUUGUUUGAUUGCCUUCCUCCCAUUGAUCUUCUACAGCUCGGUGAAUGUCCUGGGCUGUGACAAUGGACCAUGUGAAGAGUCUGCGCGGCUGGCUGGCUUCAGUUCAGUCCCGCAGUACAUGGCAGUGCAGGCUACUGGCUGGGUCCUGUGCAUCGGUGCAGGUUACCCCCUGACCUACCCGAUCCUCCUUCGAAUGGUGAAGUUCGUGCUGUCCUAUGGCGCAGGUCCUGUGCAACUGGUGCUUGCUUUCUUAUGCUGCCCACUCGCCUACCUUUACAGCACCAUUUGCGUAAGUCUCAUCUUGGCAUCGCUCACGGCCCUUGUGGAACACUAUUCACCAGUUCAAGUUUGGGUGUUCCUUGUCAUCAUCGUUCUCUUGGCGGUCCAAGUCAUCUUGCUCUUCUCGACAGGCAGGAAGCAUGCUGACUCGUGCCGUUGCGUCAGACGGCAGGAGGCUGCGUAUGAUUCGCUCUUGCAGAACGAAGUGUAG